AUGAAAGCCAUUUCCCGAGCCAUAGAUGAAAUUAUUAAUGAUAAAUUACGACCUCCAGGGAAAAUUACUCGUAUGAUUGAUGAAAGUGAUGGUUUUGUGUCUAUAUUUUAUAACAUGAUUGAACAUUUGAAUGAAGAGGAAUUGGAAAUAAUUUCAGAACAAUACACCAUGUUGCUCAGAAACAGCUACAUUGUCAAGAAGACACUCGUAAAAUGUAUCAACAGAGCGUCAAUUGAAACUCAAGUACAAAGGACAACCAUUUGCUCAAAAAUUCAACCCAUGUUAAAUCAAACAGCACAGACCUUAUUUGAAACUGUGAAACAAGCUGAGAGUGGAUGGAAUGGCCGUCGUGUUGACUUUAUGAUGUCCGAUAAUGGGGCGAAUGUGAUUGCAGUUGCCAAUUAG